GGCCAUUUUCACCUGCGUAAUAACAGGCUUGGGAGUAGGGAAGCGGCGCUGGCACGGCCAGCAGCCUCUGGAGCAGGGGAGGAGCGCAGGCGGCGGCCGCCCUGGGGCCCGGGAGGAAGAGGAGGGGGAGAAGGAGGAGCCGAAGCGCCCAGAGCAGCAGUCGCGGCUCGGCCUGAGUUGCAGCAGAGGCAGCGAAGGCGGCGCGGAGACUCUGCAGCCUCUCGGAGCCCGGAGUCCGGGUGGGGACAGCAGCGGGGAGCGUCUGCACCUCUAGCCACCGCACCUGGGCCUUGCCAAGCAGCCUUCGCCUAGCCCGGGGUACCGCCAGCCAUGGCUGCACCGCCGGAUCUGCAAGAUGAGCCGCUGUCUCUGGCUAGUCCCGGGUCCCAGUGGUUCGGGGGCCGGGGGGAGGGGGAGGACGAAGCGCAGCCGCCGAAAGGGGCCAGGCCAGCGCAGCAGGAUGGGGAGCCUGCCUGGGGAUCCGGCGCUGGAGCUGAGGUAGUGUCGCCGCGGGAACUGUGCUCCGGCCCCGCCCGGUCGCCUCCCGUCGCCAUGGAAACUGCAUCCACAGGUAUGUCAGCUGUUUCUGAUGCCCUGGACCACUCCUCUUCAACACUAAAAGAUGGAGAAGGGGCGUGUUACACAUCUCUGAUUUCUGACAUCUGUUAUCCAUCCCGGGAAGACUCUGCAUACUUUACUGGAAUUCUUCAGAAGGAAAAUGGUCACAUCACCACUUCUGAGAGCCCUGAGGAACUGGGGACCCCUGGACCAUCCUUACCAGAAGUGCCUGGCAUGGAGCCACGUGGCUUGAUGAGUUCUGAUUCUGGAAUAGAGAUGACUCCUGCCGAGUCCACCGAAGUGAACAAGAUCCUGGCUGACCCCCUGGACCAGAUGAAAGCAGAAGCCUAUAAAUACAUUGACAUAACCAGGCCUCAGGAGGCAACAGGACAGGAACAGCAUUACUCUGGCCUAGAAGAUAAAGACUUGGACUUUAAAGACAAGAACAUGGAGGUCUCCACAAAACCAGAAGGGCCUCGUGCACCUGACCAACCAGCUCCUGUGGAGGGCAGGCUCAUCAAGGACCACUUAUUCGAAGAAUCUACCUUUGCUCCUUACAUAGAUGAGCUGUCUGAUGAGCAACACAGAGCGCCUCUGGUCACUGCCCCUGUCCAGAUUACACUGACUGAGAUAGACCCUCCUGUCAUGACUGCCACACAUGAGAUGGUCCCCGAGAAGCAAGACCUGUGCCUGAAGCCAAGUCCUGACACAGUCCCCACUGUCACUGUCUCAGAGCCUGAAGACGACAGUCCAGGGUCUGUCACUCCUCCAUCUUCUGGAACAGAACCAUCUGCUGCAGAGUCCCAGGGGAAAGGCAGCGUCUCCGAGGAUGAGUUGAUUGCUGCCAUCAAAGAAGCUAAGGGGUUAUCGUAUGAAACCAGCGAAAGUCCAAGGCCAGUGGGCCAGGUGGUCGACAGACCCAAAGCCAAGGCCAAGUCCGGGCUGCCUACCAUCCCCAGCCCCCUAGACCAUGAGGCUAGUAGUGCGGAGUCCGGAGACUCAGAAAUUGAGUUGGUAUCAGAGGACCCCAUGGCCUCAGAGGAUGCACUGCCCUCCAGUUAUGUGAGCUUUGGCCACGUGUCGGGCCCACCACCCUCUCCGGCCUCGCCGUCCAUCCAGUACAGCAUCCUGCGAGAGGAGCGUGAGGCCGAGCUGGACAGCGAGCUCAUCAUCGAGUCCUGCGAUGCCUCCUCAGCCUCGGAGGAAAGCCCCAAGCGCGAGCAGGACUCUCCCCCGAUGAAGCCAGGUGCCCUGGAUGCCAUCCACGAGGAGACGGGCACUCGUGCAGUGGAGGAGCGUGCACCCAGCCUCCAGGGCCCAGCAGAGCCCAGCCCGGUGCUCAGCUUCGCCUCUGCCACCCUCCAAUCCCGUCCCGAGCCAUCGUUGGGCGAUGGAGCCCCGGCCCCUGAGCCACCCACAUCACAGCAGAAGCAGCCUGAGGAGGAUGCUGUGAGUUCCAGCCAAAGCCCCACGGCCACCACCGAGGGUCCCGCGCCACUUGGUCCCUGCUUCCUGCCCCCUCUGCCCUUCUUCAACAAGCAAAAAGCGAUUGACCUUCUGUACUGGCGGGACAUCAAGCAGACAGGGAUUGUGUUCGGGAGCUUCCUGCUGCUGCUCUUCUCCCUAACCCAGUUCAGCGUCGUGAGCGUCGUUGCCUACCUGGCCCUGGCUGCCCUCUCCGCCACCAUCAGCUUCCGCAUCUACAAGUCUGUUCUACAAGCCGUGCAGAAGACAGAUGAGGGUCACCCUUUCAAGGCCUACCUGGAGCUGGAGAUCACCCUGUCGCAGGAGCAGAUCCAGAAGUACACAGACUGCCUGCAGCUGUACGUGAACAGCACUCUGAAAGAGCUACGGAGGCUCUUCCUCGUCCAGGACCUGGUGGAUUCCUUAAAAUUUGCAGUCCUCAUGUGGCUCCUGACUUACGUUGGCGCGCUCUUCAACGGCCUGACCCUGCUGCUUAUGGCUGUGGUGUCAAUGUUUACUCUACCCGUGGUGUACGUUAAGCACCAGGCACAGAUUGACCAAUAUCUGGGACUCGUGAGGACUCACAUAAACACUGUCGUGGCAAAGAUUCAGGCUAAAAUCCCUGGCGCCAAAAGACACACUGAGUAGAAGGACGCCCCCGGGCGGGCGGGCGGGCAAA